UCGGCAAAACGGCAAGAAGUCUAUUGUUAGUUAAACUUGCAGAAUAGAAACGACGCCGUCUGGAGGAGCAUUCUCUCGCUUUUUUUUUUUUCUUUGUUUUUUUAAUGUGAAUGUUCGACAAUAACAACACAAGAAGACGAAGCUCUCCGUUAGUAAAAUGUUUUAGCUUAGAGCUACAGAAGAAAGCUCACACACGAAUUUUCUCGGAUCUGAGAUCUUUAGAUCCGAACAUCGUUUAAUCGAAAACGUUGAUUCAAGGUCUAAGAAAAGCUUUGAGGGAUCUUACUUCUUAGUCAUGUCAAGAAGGCAAGUAGGUUCGACAAGGCGUGUAGGGGAUAAUGGAAGCUUCCCAUUUGUGGGAGCUUUGCACUCAAAAUCACGUUCCUCUCCUCUAGUAUCUAUUUGCCUUGUUCUCGUGGGAGCAUGCCUUCUCAUUGGUUAUGCUUUCAGUGGUCCAGGUAUGUUUAAAAGUAUCAGAGAAGUCAGCAAGAUCACAGGUGACUAUUCUUCAUCAGAAGUUCAAAGAGCCAUUCCUGUUCUUAAGAGUGCUUAUGGAGAUAGCAUGCGAAAAGUUUUGCACGUGGGUCCUGAAACAUGCUCAGUGGUCUCUAGUCUGUUAAUGGAAGAAGAGACUGAAGCAUGGGGCGUUGAACCAUAUGAUGUAGAGGAUGCAGACUCUAAUUGCAAAAGUCUUUUGCAUAAAGGCCUUGUACGUGUGGCUGACAUCAAAUUCCCUCUGCCUUACCGGUCAAAGUCUUUUUCUCUUGUGAUCGUCUCCGAUGCUCUGGAUUACCUCUCACCCAAGUAUCUGAACAAAACCGUUCCUGAACUUGCACGGGUUGCUUCGGAUGGUGUCGUUCUUUUUGCAGGUAAUCCUGGUCAGCAAAAGGCUAAAGUUGCAGAAUUGUCGAAAUUUGGACGACCGGCUAAAAUGCGUAGCUCGUCGUGGUGGACCCGUUUCUUCUCACAGACGAGUUUAGAGGAAAACGAAGCAGCAAGCAAGAAGUUCGAACAAGCAGCUUCCAAGGUUUCAUACAAACCAUCUUGUCAAGUCUUCCACCUCAAGCCAUUACAUUAGAUCAGUAUUGUUACUUUUACUAGUCUUAAAGCACCAAACCAGAUAUAUCUCCUCGUUGUUAUAUGCUUUUUCUUUUUCACUAUAGAAAGAAAAUACAAAAUUGUAACCCAUUCUCAACUAUUUGUUUUAUAAUUUAACUAUUUAAUAAA